GUGGCCGGGCUGCUCGCUCCGCUCCGGCCAUGGCCUUCCGCCGGCGGGCCAAGAGCUACCCGCUGUUCAGCCAGGAGUUCCUGAUCCACAACCACGCGGACAUCGGCUUCUGCCUGGUGCUCUGCGUGCUCAUCGCGCUCAUGUUCGAGGCAACAGCCAAGACUGCCUUCCUAUUCAUCUUACCUCAGUACAACCUUAGUGUGCCUACAGCAGAUGGCGAGCUAGUUCACUACCGCUACGGGCUAAAGGACUUGAUCACCAUCCUCUUCUACAUCUUCAUAGCAAUCAUCCUGCAUAUGGUGUUGCAGGACUACGUCUUGGAUAAAAUCAACAGGCGGCUCCAUCUCUCCAAGGUCAAACACAGCAAGUUCAACGAAUCGGGGCAGCUGGUAGCGUUCCAUCUCACCUCCAUGAUCUGGUGCUUGUAUGUAGUGGUGACGGAAGGAUACUUAUCAAACCCGAGAAGCUGGUGGGAAAACUACCCUCAUGUUUCUCUCCCGUUCCAGGUGAAGUUUUUCUACCUUUGCCAGCUGGCCUACUGGCUGCAUGCACUGCCUGAGCUGUACUUCCAGAAGGUGCGCAAGGAGGAGAUUCCUCGUCACCUGCGGUACAUCAGCCUGUACCUGAUGCAUAUAGCUGGAGCAUACCUCUUAAACCUAACCCGCCUGGGGCUUAUCCUCUUGCUGCUGCAGUACUUUGCUGAAUUCCUCUUCCACAUGGCCCGACUCUUCUACUUCACGGACGAGAACAACGAGAAGCUGUUUAAUGCCUGGGCAGUAGUGUUCGUGGUCACCCGGCUCUUCACCCUCACCCUUUCCGUGCUGGUCAUUGGCUUUGGGCUGGCUCGGGUGGAGAACCAGAUGUUCGACCUGGAGAAAGGAAACUUCAACACUCUGCCUUCCAGGAUGUUUGUGCUGUCCCUGGUGUGCCUUUUCCAGGCCUGGAUGAUGUGGCACUUCAUCCGGUUCCAGCUGCGGCGCUGGCGGGAGUACCGGGCCGAGCAGAGCGCCAGGCAGAGAGCCGCCGCCCUCACCAAACAGCAGUCCAAGCCCAUCAAGAGGGAGUCGGGUUACCAUGAAAACGGAGUGGUGAAAGCCGAGAAUGGAACCUCCCCCCGCACCAAGAAGCUCAAGUCUCCGUAGAGCUGAAGGCUCGUCUGCCAGGGAGGAGGGUGAGAGACCAGGACUAGGCACCAGCCCCUCCCUCGGCCUCCCAGGUGCUGAAUGGCUUGGAAAGUCUCAUCUCCCCUCCCUCCCCCGCAAACCAUUUGCAAUAAAACCAAAAAACCUUGCUCCGUCACAUGGCCUGCAGGAGCCAGACCCAAACCUCCCGUCCUCUCCUUCCUCUCAGUUUUAUUGUCAAUCAGCGUGCAAUUUUUUUCCCCCUCUUCUUGAGUGUUUUUUCUUCCUGUUGUGUUUUUGUUACAAAUGGGAUGGUUCCAAGCAAACAAUCCCUUUCCUAAAGCAGGUUCUUCUACUACCCUUUGGGCAUUGCCCUGCGUCCUGGCCUUGGAGGGGCAGGCGGCUGCUUUAAGGUGCCCAGUGACCAUGAGGGUAGAGGUUUGGGGAGCUGGGGGAGCCAUGCCCUGUGCGCAGAACACCUCUCGGUAUCAGGGUGGCAUCCUUGGGUGGUGGUGCCGUGGCUGGAGUUCCUGGAUGAAUUGCAGAGCAGCCUUGCAUCCAGCAUGUCCAGCAGGAUUGCAGAGGCGGGCCAGGUCUGGAUUGGGCCUGUUGCAUCAGGGCACAGGGUGGUGACCUCAGAUGUGCUUUGCAUCAUGCUUGAGUUCCGGCAAGUGGCAUCCCUAGCAGUCUGCAGCAGGAGAUGAGCUCUGAGGCUGGUUCUGCCCACCUCUCUCCCUCCCUUAGGUCCGGUGAUUAGGCUCUGCCUCUGCCCUGGAAUUGCUAGUGCCUUACUUGGGAUGAUGUCACUCAGGGAGUAGCUCAGGCCAAACUCAAUUGAGGAGGUGUAAGCCCUGAGACCCCCACCUCGCUGCUCCUUCAGGAGGUGCUGCUUUAUCUCACCUAAGUGCUGGCUUAAUCCUGUGGCGUUGUGUUCGGGUAGCACUCAUGCUGCAUGCAGGAGAGCAGAUUCCCUGCCACUCAGAGUUUAUCUGUAAGGAGGCCUUUCACCUCAUGCCUCAUAGCUGCCCUGAGCUACCCCCGCCAUCCCAGGCCAGCUGUGCCCUCUCUGCUCCAGCUACAGCGACCAGCUUCUGUCUUUCCACUUCACAAGCCUCAUAUCCCCUGAGGGGAUUGUUAAUCCAGGAUCCAGCCCAUGCAUCCCUUCCUGGGCUGGGUGAGAAUAGCAGAGAGCAGCCUGUGGAAGUGGGAGUGCCUCUCGCCCGAUCCAUGCCACCUCCCUCCCCAGCUGGUGGAUGGAAUCAUCUCAAAUUUACCUCAGAGGCCGCCUCUUUCAUACGAUCACUCUCCCUCGACCCCUUGUUGGCUGCGUAUGUUGGAAGGAGAUGUGCGGGAAUUGUUCAAGCACCCACUGAUAUUGUCCACUGCUCUCUUCUGAAUGAAUGGAGCCGUCCCACUUGAAGGGCUCUUUCAGUGCCAUGUGCUGGUCAAGACUGGCCAGGUUGCCCUGCAGCAGAGGGUAUUUCUCUCUGAGGAAAGUUCCCAUAAGCCAGACUUUGCAGUGGGCAUGGUUCAGUGCAGUGAGGUGACUUGGUGCUGCCCUUCUGCUUCGCUGAGGUGGGAGCUUCCCUCUUGGCAAAGCUGGCUUAGCUGCCCUUUCUGUUGGGGUGAUGGGUAGCAUUUCCUUUUGGCUGAGCGUGGAGAGGGUGUCGCUGCUCCCAAAGGGGCAGGGAGAGAGGCAGGCAGGGGGUAGCAGGGGGUGAAGUGUCAUGGAAUCUCUUCUAAUGCAGAUUGGGAUCAGGGUUCUUCCUUCCUAGCUGGGGUGAGUGACCUGGGCCAGAAUAAACCAAACACGAUGUUCCUGACUUGUUUCAUGCUCCUCCCCAUGGCCUUCCUUACUGGAGGUGAUUGUAACUCAUGCUCUCUGGCCUUUUGUUUUUUGGGGUGGUGAAAGGAACUGGCUGGCUGUGCUGCUUUCACAGAUUUUGAGUCCUCUCCACACCUGUUCUCUCCCCAGCACAGGCAGGGGCUGCCAGUGUGGGAGACAGAAUACCUGGGAGCCUGAAUGCAGCUGGUCAGAUUCCAUUCCUUCCCCCAUUCCCCGGGAGCUUUGAAUGUCAAAGGAGAGCCACUGGCUGGGAUCUCCCAGGGAUCUUCCUCCCGCUCCCCCAGUAUCUUGGAGCAGAGCACCUGGGAAUACCUUGUGACUGUCCCUCCUUGUCCCUGGCUGGACAGAUACUAGCAAAGCCAGCACUUGGGCAGAGCAGCGGAACCAGGCGGGAAAGGAAUGUUACGCUAGCGAGUGAGCGAGCUGGGACACAUGCUGUUAGCCCCCGGGCCUAGCACAGUUCACCCUUCCAUCCGUUUCCCCUUUCUCGUCCGCUCCCAGCGGGGGAUCGCUGAGCCCUGCAGGGAGUGACUGCUCCCCAGACCUCUCCAGAGCCGGAGCUGGCCUUGCUCCUCUGAUGUCAGAGACUUACUGCAGCUGAGGAGCUGAGCCUCCUGGUUAAAAGGUGGCUUGUUGUCAGAGCCAAAUAAACCAGCCUGCUGAAUGAUUCCUUCCCCCAGCCUGCCCUGCUCCAGGCAGCCUUUCCUCUGGCACAAGCCUGCGAGGCCGUAAAGUAGCUCAUUGUCUCUAUAUACCAAGUGCCUUACAUUGCGGUAUAGUCUGUACUCUCUUGCCUACACACUGCCUCAAUAGUUCCGUGCCCUCAGGCUCUGUGUAUAUGUCUGAUGUGUAUGUUCCAUAUUUAGUCACUGGGGAAAGGGACAGUUCACGCUGGAAGUAGCCCCUUGUUUUCUAUGCCUUUUCGAUUUGUAGAAUGGUUCCUUCCUCGGUGGCUAAAAUCUCCUUCCCUUUUUCUGCCUAGAUCGGUUGGCCCCUGCAGUGAUGCCCCUUGGCUGCCAUUUCACAGGCAUCACUGGGGUCAUUUGUGGCUGGAGGGGCUCCCAUCCCAUCGCAUCCCAUCCCUCCCCUCCCUCCCAACACAGAAACUCUUGCGCCUCUCUCCUCCAGUGCACCUACCAUCUCUGGCUCUGCAGUCACUGGUGCAGCUCUCCUUGCAUUUCCUAGCAAACCAAAACUUCCUCUCUAUCCUGGAGAACCUCUUCCUCAUAGAGAGAGAUUCUUUUCUUUUCCAGUCUCUAGCGUUAACUCUUUCAUCAACCAAUCCGUGUACAAAGGUGCAGAGCGCCGGGGGAAGGAGACCCACUUCUCAAAUGGGUCCUCUUCUUGGGCCCCAUCCCACAAAGUGCUGCGCAUCUUCUGCAACAGUUUGAGUGCCCCCAUCUGCUAGAAAGCUGAGGGCACUCAGAAUCAUGCAGAAUUGGGACCUGAGUCCCGGAUUCAGUGUUAUAGCACUGCUACUCCACUCCCUCUUGGGUGGUGCAAUAAUCCGCCUGGAUCGUGGUCACUCCUGCAGUGCUUGCAUCCAUCACCAAACCCUGGGAGGGGAGUAUCCCUGAGAUGAGGUCAAGUUGUGAUAAUUGCAUGGAGCACAGAAUGUCUCCUCACCUGGGCUGUGGCAAAGUCUCUUAAGAACCAGCAGUUCUUCUCCCUCUCCUUGUCCCAGAUGGAUCUUAGAGGGGUGGAUGUUGGGGAGAAUGUAGCAUUUUGCAGAUCAGUAUCUUUUAAAAAAAAAAAAAAAAAGUUUGUUGAAUGAAUCUUCCUUGCUCAACGAGGCAUUGAAGUUUGUAUUUUUGUAGGAUGACUUUUCCUUGCCUAUCAUACACAGAUGUAGCAAAUAAGGGAUGAGUUUCUCCCUGCUUUUUUUCUAUUAAGUGGAGGAUGGUCUCUCUUCAGAACUAGUCAUGAAAUCUGUAGAUGGGUGGUCUUCAUUCCAGUGGAUUGGAGUUACAGCUACAUCUGACUAUGGAGUCCAGUAGUUGGAAGCUCCUGCUAUGGCUGACUCCUCUCUAAUGUAGAGGGUGUCUACAGUUGUUGACUGUACAGCUAUAGCAGCUCCUUUGAGUGCAUAACAGAUGGCUUGAGUUGGCAGUCUUUAUAUUGACACUGUAAACUGGGUCACUUGUCUCCCUAUGUCAUGUGUACUUCUUGCCAAAGGGAGGGAUGGACACAAGAUGCAAAGUUUGAGUGGGUCCUUGUAUCUCUCUCUUUAACCUGUUUAAUUCUGCGGACCAAACUUCAACAAAGAAACUCAAGGAAAAUUCUGUUCUUCCAUAUUUAUGCUUUAGUGCAAACGUUCUCUUCCUUUGUUGUGUAUUUUAAUUUGUUUUGGUUUGGGGGGGGUUGGUUUUUUGGAUAACUGUUUCAAACCCCCCCCACACACAC